AGAGUUGUUGUUAAUAAAAAACUCAGUAUCAGAUAACGGGAGGAGGAUAAACACUGCUCUAGCUACCCAGCCUCAGUUAACGUUACCCAGAAUGCCUAGCUUGUUGCCAUGUGAUCAAGGAGUGACUGGCUAGCUAGCUACUAUAUCUGCCCUUUUUUUUGUACUAUGCAUUUUAAUGUAAUACUUAGCUAAAACCCGAAGAAAAAAUAAAAGGAACGAUAGUAUUGUGGUUGAGAUAAUUGUAGCAAUGCCUCUUUUCACAUCAAAUCCAUUUGAGCAAGAUGUUGAGAAAGCAACCAGUGAGAUGAACACAGCAGAGGACUGGGGCCUUAUCCUGGACAUCUGUGACAAGAUUGGACAGUCACGCACCGGGCCUAAAGAAUGUCUUCGUUCCAUUAUGAGAAGAGUGAACCAUAAGGAUCCCCACGUCGCCAUGCAGGCUUUAACGCUUCUUGGAGCAUGUGUUUCCAAUUGUGGGAAGAUAUUCCAUCUCGAAGUGUGUUCUAGAGAGUUUGCCAGUGAAGUUAGCAAUGUUUUAAACAAGGGGCAUCCUAAGGUGUGUGAAAAGCUGAAGGCUCUGAUGGUCGAAUGGGCAGAGGACUUCCGGAGGGACCCUCAGCUCAGCCUGAUCUCAGCCAUGAUCAAGAACCUCCGGGAGCAGGGGGUCACAUUUCCUGCUGUGGGCUCUGAGGCUGCAGAGCAAGCUAAAGCCAGUCCAGCUUUAGUGGCCAAGGAUCCAUCCAUCUCCACCAAUAAGAAGGAAGAGGAAGACCUGGCUAAAGCCAUAGAGCUAUCUCUGAAGGAGCAGCGUGGUCAGGCUCCCCUCUCUGGGUCUGGUCUGUACCCCAGUGCCUCUCUCCUCUCUUCCCAAAGGCCGGAGGGCAGGAAGGUCCGGGCCAUUUAUGACUUUGAGGCUGCAGAGGACAAUGAGUUGACCUUUAAGUCUGGAGAGAUCAUCACUAUUCUGGAUGACAGUGACCCCAACUGGUGGAAGGGAGAAACAUACCAGGGAGUAGGACUUUUCCCUUCAAACUUUGUAACUGCUGAUCUGACUGCAGAGCCGGAGAUGAUGAAGUCAGAGAAGAAGACUGUGCAAUUCAGUGAAGAGAUCCAGGUGGAGAACAUUGAGUUAGAGCCAGAACCGGCCUUCAUAGAUGAGGAGAAGAUGGACCAACUGCUGCAGAUGAUCCAGAGUGCAGAUCCAACAGACAACCAGUCUGACAGCUGUGAGCUGCUUCAGCUGGAGGGUGCUUGCAACCAGAUGUGUCCCCUCAUUGAUCAGAAGCUGGAGGAAACUGACAGGAAACAUUCAGAACUGUCAGAGCUGAAUGUGAAGCUCCUGGAGGCUCUGUCUUUGUAUGCUAAGCUGAUGAAUGAGGACUAUGCUAUGUACACCAAGCUACACACACAACAAUAUUACAUGCAGCAGCCUGCUAACUCUGCACAGCAGACAUACGCAGGCCAGUCAGGAGGAUCCUAUGGAAUAGCAGGUCCUGGAGCAGUUCAGCAAGGAUACAAUGUUCUUAUGGAGCAGCUACAGACUGGCCAGCCAGCACCAAGUGAUGUCAUGUACAUUGGCCAGCCUCCAGUGUACAGUACAGCUGCAGAAGGUGUGUCCUACCCAGGUCAAGCCAUUCCCAACACAGUAUCUUACCAGCCUCCAGCCAAUCAGCCGCCAAGCUACAUCUCCACCCCUAACCCUGGCCAGAACCUUCCACCCCCACCUGACUCACAGCAGCAUCUGUACCCUGAGAAGACCCUGCUAUAGGACAGACAGCUACACGCAGUAACAUUACAGAUGCACAGUCAAAAUCUAAAUGGGCAUCCAUAGAGACAGACUCUACACACAUUCUUUUAAACUUGUAUUGAUUCAUAGCACACUUUCUGUCACAUACACAAGUAUACACACACUCAGUCAUAUACACAACCCCACCAACACACUUAUACUAACAGUAAAAUAAACAACCCAACCAACACACUCAUACAGUCAAAUACACAAUCCAUCCAACACACUCAUACAGUCAAAUACACAAUCCAUCCAACACACUCAUACAGUCAAAUACACAACCCAACCAACACACUCAUACAAAUAGUAAAAUACACAACCCAACCAACACACUCAUCCUAACAGUCAAUUAUACAACCCCACCAACACACUUAUACUAACAGUAAAAUAAACAACCCAACCAACACACUCAUACAGUCAAAUACACAAUCCAUCCAACACACUCAUACAGUCAAAUACACAAUCCAUCCAACACACUCAUACAGUCAAAUACACAAUCCAACCAACACACUCAUACAGUCGAAUACACAACCCAACCAACACACUCAUACAAAUAGUAAAAUACACAACCCAACCAACACACUCAUCCUAACAGUCAAUUAUACAACUCAACCAACACACUCAUCCAAACAGUCAAAUACACAACCCCACCAACACACUCAUACAGUCAAAUACACAACCCUACCAACACACUCACAGUCAAAUACACAACCCAAUGAACACUCAUACAGUCAAAUUCACAACCCAACCAACUCACUCAUACAGUCAAAUUCACAACCCAACCAACUCACUCAUACAGUCAAAUACACAACCCAACCAACGCACUCAUACAAA